UCAGUUUUAAAUACACAGAUUCAGCAUUGUGGCAAUGCUCUCUCUCUCUCUCUAUCUCUCUCUCUAAGUGUUAAGACUCGAAACCAAUAAACACUCAUGGAAACACCUCAUUUUCAAAGCCUAAUUCUUAUUCUAAUUGCUGUCUUCUGCACAAUGGCAGCUUCUGAUCCUCCUCCUUCAACCCUCUCCUUCGACUUCUACGCAGCUUCAUGCCCAUCUGCCGAGCUCAUGGUUAAGAACACAGUCCGAUCAGCUUCUUCCCUCGACCCCUCCCUUCCAGGGAAGCUCCUUCGCUUGCUCUUCCAUGACUGCUUCGUCGAGGGCUGUGACGCGUCUGUACUUGUACAAGGAAAUGGCACAGAGAGAAGCGACCCAGCGAACGCAUCUCUUGGAGGAUUCUCAGUGAUAGAUUCAGCAAAGAGAGUGCUCGAGAUCUUUUGUCCAGGGACUGUUUCUUGUGCUGAUGUUCUUGCUUUGGCCGCCAGAGAUGCUGUAGAAAUUAGUGGUGGACCAGGCGUUAUGAUACCUACGGGAAGAAGAGAUGGGAGGGUUUCUGCAGUUUCACGUGUGCGACCAAACAUGAUAGACACUAGCUUCUCAGUGGAUCAAAUGGCUAGCAUCUUCUCCUCCAAAGGCUUGUCUUUGGAUGAGCUUGUAACCCUCUCAGGAGCCCACACCAUUGGGUCGGCGCAUUGCAGCGCGUUCAGCGACCGGUUCCGAGUCGACUCCGAGGGCCGUCCGACCCUCCUCGAUGCAUCUCUAGACAAAGCAUACGCAUCCCAGCUCAUGAAACAGUGUCCACCAGCAGGAGCAAACCCGGCCAUUACUGUCAACAACGACCCUGAAACGCCUCUCCUAUUCGACAACCAAUACUUCAAGGAGCUUCUCUCCCACAAGGGCCUCUUCCAGUCGGAUUCUCUUCUGCUAAACGAUGAGAGAACCAAGAAGAAAGUUGUGGAGUUCGCCAAUGAUGAAGCCAGCUUCUUUGAUAGCUGGGCUCAGGCGUUCUUGAAGCUCACCACCAUUGGAGUUAAAGCAGAUGGUGAUGGGGAGAUCAGACGGACUUGCUCUUCCAUAAAUGGUUGAAUUAGAUUACCAGCUGUGGCACAAAGGAUUAAUUCUUGAUUCUGUUAUAGAGUAUGAUCUUGUGAUUUUGAUUGCAUAAAAGGGAACCCAUAUCAUAUCUCAUGAAUGCCUUUGUGUAGCUUUGCUAUGCUUAGGCAGUUUCUGUUUGGUUGUUCGGAAAGUAGUCAUGGCAAUAAAUGGAGCCAUAAUGAGAUUAGACUCACUCCAAUUGAUCAAAAUUAUAUAAUUGGAUGAGUUUAGUACAAGUUUUUUUCUUUUUUUUUUUCCUGAAUUUAAUUCAACUUAUUUGGACUAGAUUGGUAUUGAGGUUAGACUAAAUUAGAUAUUGAGUUUGUCUCGUGAACUUAUAUAAGCAAUAUCAAAGUGUUCUCAUUUAUUAAUAUGAUCUUCGUGUUAUUUUUGUUUUA